GCUGGGAGCUGUAGUCCCGGGCAGGCGGUGAGGCGGGUUCCGGCAGCAUGGCGCAGCUGACGGCGCGGUUCCGUACCGAGAACCCACGGUACGCCGUGGAGGAUGUGCCCUUCUCGGUGCCCGCGGCCUCCGAGACCGCCGACCUCAGCCGCCUCAUCAACAAACUGCUGGCAGGAGGCAGCGAGGAUCACAAGUAUGUGGAAUUCGACUUCCUCAUCAAUGGGCAGUUCCUGCGAAUGCCACUGGCUGCACACAUGGAGAUGGAAAAUAUCUCCACAGAAGAAGUGGUGGAGAUAGAGUAUGUGGAGAAAUACAUGGCCCCUCAGCCAGAGGAAUGCAUCUUCCACGAUGACUGGAUCAGCUCUGUCCAAGCCACUGAAGAAUGGAUAUUAACUGGCUGCUACGACCAGACUGCUCGAAUCUGGUCUUUGGAAGGAAAAUCCAUCAUGACAAUACCUGGGCACACAGAGGUAGUGAAGGAUGUGGCAUGGGUGAAGCAAGACAGUUUAUCCUGCCUAUUACUCACUGCUUCAAUGGACCAAACUGUCCUGCUGUGGGAGUGGAACGUGGAGAAAAACAAAGUGAAAGCUCUCCACUGCUGCAGAGGACAUGCUGGGAGUGUAGACUCCAUUGCUGUUGAUUGCACAAGAACUAAAUUCUGUAGUGGAUCCUGGGACAAAAUGCUCAAGAUCUGGUCUGCAGUACCUACAGAUGAAGAGGAUGAAAUGGAAGAAGCAGCUAACAGACCACGGAAGAAGCAGAAAACUGAACAGUUGGGACUAACCAGGACUCCCCUGGCAACCCUCUCUGGCCACACAGAGGCCAUCUCCUCAGUGCUUUGGUUGGAUGCUGAAGAAAUCUGCAGCGCAUCCUGGGACCACACCAUCAAACUCUGGGACGCUGAGACUGGAGAUCUCAAAUCAACCUUGACAGGAAACAAAGUGUUUAACUCUGUCUCCUACUCCCCCCUGUGCCGACGCCUGGCGUCCGGCAGCACUGACAGACACAUCAGGCUCUGGGACCCUCGCAGCAAAGAUGGCUCCUUGGUUCUCCUGUCUCUGACAUCUCACACUGGCUGGGUCACAGCUGUGAAGUGGUCACCUACCCAUGAGCAUCAGCUGAUCUCUGGUUCUCUGGACAACAUUGUGAAGCUGUGGGACACAAGAAGUUGCAAAGCUCCUCUGUAUGACCUGGCUGCUCAUGAAGACAAGGUUCUGUGUGUGGACUGGACAGAAGCAGGGCUGCUCUUGAGUGGAGGUGCAGACAACAAACUGUACUGCUACAGAUACCCAGCCACAGCCUCUGAUGUGGGAGCAUGAAUGCCAACAGCCAGAUUCCCUUUCAAAAGAAGAUUUUUCAGCAGUUGCUCUCUGUUAGCAUCCUUACACAACCAGCCUCUAAAGAGAGGAGUUUUCUGUUGCUGAGAGAACUGUUCUUCCUGGCUGUUGCACUGGUAACCUGUAUCCAUGUCUGUCACAGAAAAACAUCAACAAGCAGUUAGGAAUGUGGUUAGUGUGAAACCAAACAAAGGGUGUUUCCUCUGUUUUUGAUGGCUUUGAAUUAACAUCUUUAAAUGGCUGUCUGUAUGGUCCCUUUAGUAAGGAGUAAACUGUUCCUGAUGCUUACAGAAAAACACUUGCUGGACUAAAUUAUUUUUUGAGCUUACCUGCUUUCCCCUGGAAAAAAAAUAAAACUUUUAUCUACA